AUGGAAAGCACAGGGCAGGGCGCUGCCGAGGCGCCGUCGUUGGCGAAUGACGUGCACAUUGUUGAGGACUCGACUGCUGCAUCCGCAUCUAGAACUGGCAGACUGGGCAUUGCAAGGAACACAAAUGACAGCCAACAAACAUCCGCCCAUCUUCCAUCUCCGAUUGCAACCCAGAGCGAUCCACCUCCGAGACCUCGAGCAGAAUCGAACAUACCUUGUGAACAGACGCUUUCAAGUCCGAACAUAGGCGUACCUACUCCCGACCCGUCCAGCGACAGCCAGAGCGAUGCCGACCCCUCCCGCGAGCUUCCCUCCGUCGGGUCGGCCGCAUCGGGUCCUGUGCCCGGGAAGACCCAGGCCACCAAGUCGCGGACCAGAUCCAACACAAAGACGAGCAACCCGGAUGGUGUUAGGCGCCUGUCCGCCUCCAAGAUGCAGGAAUUGACCACCGCCCCGGGGUCGCUCCCUGUUGCCGGUAUUACUCCGCGCACAAUAAGUGAUGCUCCGCUGACGGCCGGCAUUGUUGAGGCAAGCAUGCGGCUGUCCAGGGCGACAGAGGGCUACGCUUCGCAGCCAAGCCAAGCCGACGUGCUGCCAUCAGCACGAAAAGGAGGGUUAAACCCGGGGACAGCGCCGGCACGGCCAGCAGUAGGCUCUCGAACCGUGUCGACGCCGCCCUUUGGCCGAAGCGAGACUGCAAACCAGCGCUCUCGCCGCAACUCGUUCCAGCCAGCGCCCCGGCCGGCGCCCCUGAACCUCGACGGCCGAAGCAACCACGCGGCAACCACCACCGUGACCGGUGCGCAGCCUCCAAAAGCCCCGGACGAGCCGGCCCCGCCAUCCCCGAUCCCGCCGGCGAUACCGUUGCCCCCAAUGUCCAUCCCCACCCUAUUGCAGCUAGAGCUGGCCGGGCAGCGACCAAGCCCGUUGUAUAUCCACCACUCAUACACCAGCGACAUACCGUACGAAUCCAGUGCCAUCAAAUUUGAGCGUCUCAAGAACUUCCUGCUGCUGCCCUGGUUCCUCGAGAGGGCCAUGACGUUUGGCGCCGCCGCUUGUUUUGAUGCCUGGCUGUGGACUUUUACCGUUCUGCCCAUGCGCUUCUGCAUCGCUGCGUCUGUGUUGGUGCGAUGGUGGGUUUAUGUCGUUGGCAAGGAGAUUAGGUGGAUAGUGGGUUUUGUCUGGUACGGACUGGGACGGAUGUGGCGUCGCGGACGUCGGGGACGUGCCAGAUCAGAGCCUAGCGGCCAAGAUCAUCAGACCACCACUUCGAGAAGUAGGAGCCGCGUACCGGCUUCCGCUCCCAAUGGAACUACUAAUGUUGUCGUUGGCACAUCUGGCGCUGAUACAACAUUACCCCUCCCAGAGAGAUCGCGUCCCGGCAACGGCACGGUGCCAUCGUCCAUAAGACCAGGUGCUAUUCCUACCUGCUCAUAUCGACAUCGCCGGACGAAGUCCAGCCCCUCGAAUCUGACUUCCUUCCACAAGGCCGACCUGCUGCAGGGCGCCAUCCUCAUCUGCAGCUCUGUUGCCUUGAUGAACCUCGAUGCCAGCCGCAUGUACCACUUCAUUCGGGCCCAGUCUGCCAUCAAGCUGUAUGCUAUCUACAACCUCCUCGAGGUCGGCGACCGGCUGCUGUCUGCUCUCGGCCAGGACAUAUUCGAGUGCCUGUUCAGCACCGAGACGCUGUCGCGAAACAGCUCGGGUCGCUCAAAGGUGAUGCUGCCGCUGGGGAUGUUCCUGCUCGCCCUCGUCUACAACGUCCUGCACUCAGUCAUUCUGUUCUACCAAGUCAUUGCCCUCAACGUGGCCGUCAACUCGUACUCCAACGCACUCCUGACCCUGUUGCUGUCGAACCAAUUCGUCGAGAUCAAGAGUGCCGUGUUCAAGCGCUUUGAGAAGGAGAACACGUUCCAGCUCGCCUGCGCCGACAUUGUUGAGCGCUUCCAGCUGUGGAUCAUGCUGAUCAUCAUCGGCAUGCGCAAUGUGGUUGAAGUGGGCGGCCUCUCUGUGCCUGGGGCCGGCAGCGAGGACAGCGGGCCGAGCAGCCUCCCACUGCACACUUCGUCCAUCCUUCCAGCCAGCUUCACCAUCCUGCCGUCGUGGCUGUGGUCAGGCGAGGUUCUGUCGCCGUUCAUCGUGGUCAUUGGCAGCGAGAUGAUUGUCGACUGGAUCAAGCACGCCUACAUCAACAAGUUUAACAAUAUCAAACCGACCUUUUACGGCAGAAUUCUGGACAUUCUUUGCAAGGACUACUACACCAAUGCCUUCGUAACCCCUUCCCUAACCCGGCGCCUCGGCCUUCCGCUCCUUCCGCUCUCGUGCCUCUUCAUCCGCGCCUCAGUCCAAAUCUACAACAUGUUCCUCGCUACCCACCUACCAACGCCCCUUCCCCCAUCAAGCCAAACCUCGCUCUCAGUCGAAAACGCAACCCCCUCUCCCGCCAUGCUAGCUGCCCUCGACCGGCUAGAUAACCUCAUCCGCACCGCCCUAGGCCGCUCGGUAUUCGGCUAUCCCUACGCGGCGGACUUCUCAGAGAAUGGCACGGCCGAUGGGCCUUCGCCUGCAACCACCGCCGCCGCCGCUUUCUCGAGGCUGUGGGAAUUCUUCCCCUUCACCAGCGACGAUUGCAUCGCGGCGCUGACCAUGGUGGUUGUCUUUUUGCUCAUCUUCCUCGUCCUGUUGGUCGUCAAGCUGCUGCUGGGCAUGGUGCUGCUGCGGUAUGCCCGGGACAGGUAUGCGCGGAUGAAGGUCAAAGAGCAUGCCGUUGCGGCGGGCCGGGCCGAGAGGGAGUCGUUUGAUGCGCAGGGGAAGCGUGUGGGUGGGUAUGGGCAGGUCGAGGUUGGCGAGGAGAGGAGACGGUGGAUCUUUGGGGAUGAUGUUGAGGGGUUGAAGAAGGCGAGGGAGAAGGAGAGGAAGGCGGAGGGGAACGUGGAGAGGGACAAGGAGAAGGAUUUUGGGAGGGUUAUGAGGUAUGAGAUGGUUGCGAGGAGAAUCUGGUAG